CUUUACAUAGCCUAAUCUACUAAAAAAACGCCGAGGUGAAUUCUAUUUUGUUAAAUUUCCCGAGUUCCUGUUUGAAGAGAGAAUGGGUAGGUAGCUAAUCUAUUCGAAAUGCCUAUUACAAGUAUUUUGCUCAGUCAUUAUACAUUAUAUAAACAAAGACGCUUGGUGUGGAAAUUCAACAUUUUUUUUUACUAUUAGUGUAUUACGUUUUUAUAUUGUUCAAGUGACUAAUUUAUUCCAAGCACAUGGGCUGACUAAUAGGCUAUGUUCUAAGAUAGCGCGUCAUUUACUCCUCCCAUAGUUACGUAUGAUUUCCUUGUGUAAUUUUCAAAACUGAGACCGAGAAAUAAGGUUGUGUAACGUGCAGAAAUCCCUCUAAGCCAUCGUAGCCUACCCGCGUUGGUUUCGUGUAACAAAAUAGAAGACCUUAAUCAAAAUGUAAUGUCUUCUACAUUUUUAGACUAGACACGGCUACAGAAAUGCCACAUCGAGAGUAUGCGUCGAGCUUCGUUUUUUUUACCACGUUGACGCGGUUAUCUUAGGCUGCUAGAAAAGUGACGACGUGUUUGCGUCAGCCUGUGCAAUCUUCCUUGCCUCCAUAUGUCGAGCAGCCAAACGUAAAUGUAUAUCAAUAGCAUCUGCUGGUUAUAAACCACAUAAAAUGUUUACUUAUUGAUCAUAAACCAAAUAAAAGGGAAUUUUUAUAACAGAUAUAUUCUAAGAUGGUAAAAAUUUGAGGAGGCACAUCAAAACAUGCCGGUGCAGAAGAGACUGCUCUGUGCAUGAUUUCGGAGACCUGAGCUUCCCGCACCUGGACAAGGACGAGCCCUUCAUGCAGGUGCCGUUCCCCAGGACGGUCGGCCGCGCCAACAAGCUUCUGUCCAACGCGGUGGACGGUGCCGUCGGGGCUGGGCACACCUGCGUCAUGCUGGGAGGCGACCACAGUCUAGCCAUUGGCUCCGUGUCGGGCCACGCCCGGCAGUGUCCGGACUUGUGUCUGAUCUGGGUCGAUGCCCACGCGGACCUCAACACGCCAGAAACCUCACCGUCAGGAAACCUACACGGCCAGUCUGUUGCCUUCCUGCUUAAAGAACUGCAGGACAAGAUGCCCAGCAUCCCAGGGUUCUCCUGGAUGAAGCCCUUCCUGUCCUCUUCAGACCUGGUGUACAUCGGCCUGCGAGACGUGGACCCCGGAGAGCACUACUUUCUGAAGAACCUGGGGAUCCAGUACUUCACCAUGAGAGACAUAGACAGAAUGGGCAUUCAGAGGGUCAUGGAGGUCACCCUUGAUCACCUGUUGGCCAGGAAGCAGCGGCCGAUUCACCUGAGCUUCGACAUCGACGCCUUCGACCCCUCCCUGGCCCCGGCCACGGGGACCCCCGUGAACGGCGGUCUGACGUACAGGGAGGGCAUCUACAUCACAGAGGAAAUACACAACACCGGCCUGCUCUCGGCGAUGGACCUGGUGGAAGUGAACCCCGUUCUGGGCGCGAGCAGCGAGGCGGUCGAAGCCACGGCGGGCCUGGCGGUCGACGUGAUCGCCUCGUCGCUGGGCCAGUCGCGCGAGGGGGCCUUCCAGGGAACGCCCUCCCCCACGGAAGACACGGAGCAGCUGCGGCUUUAGGCCUGCAACCGACCCCCGACGCCCCCCCGCCCCCAACCCUAUACCCCUCUGCCCACCCGACUGGACACUGCCAAGAUUGAGGACUUCAGUGAGACGACCCAUCGCUGCAUUCCAGAAACCUUUCACCAAUAAAAACGCUUGUACGGGGCACCAGACAGACCUGUAGUCAAAACAACUUCCAGCUUCCGUCGACGAGGUUUUUCGGGAGGCCUUGACCAAGCCCCGACCUCGAACCACUCGUGUGUUUUCGAAACGAUGGCCCAGUAGAGACUGAGUAACGAGUUUACACGGGACGAGUCGAAGAACUGCAAAGAAAGAGGCAGAAACGUUAGAAUGUAAGAACGUGUUGCUAGGAACAUGAGCACCUGCCAGUUUUGGCAGCCGUGCGAGUUAGUUCUCUGUAGUAUAUGAAGGUAUUUGCACUUAGGACCAGCCAUGGUUUUUAUUUAAUGUCCAAAAAGUUGUUUUUUUUUGUAUAGUAAUAGUAAUGUCGAUGCGUUUUAAAAAAAUGUAUGUAUGUGUGUGAGUGUGUGUAUUCUGUGUGUGAAUUGCUAUUGGACGAUUACUCGCCUUUUAAUCAAAAACAGGCAACUGGAGUAUGAAAAAUUACUAUGUACCUGUGUACCAUUUUCCCCUGUGUCAUAACUGCUGUAUUUGUCUUUUCAAGUUCAGGGUAGUGCAAUGGAAAAAGUUAUCAACAGGCCAAGAGUUAUUUUUGUCCGAAUGUGUGUGUGUGCACGCGUGUCUGUGUACAAUAAAAUGACAUAAAGAAGUAA